ACGCAGCCAUGGAUACCCUGCGUUAUUGGCAGAGGACGUACAGCCGAGAGCUGGACAAGGAAACCAAGCAGGAGUGUGUGGCUACAGAGAGACUGCUGAGGGAGGCACUGGCCGGGGGAGUGCCUGCCGCUCCGGCCCCAGCCAAGCCUUUCGAUGCUCUGCAGGACAGCCAGCUGUUUGAUGCGGAGAACUCGGAGCCACUGUUGUCCUCUGGAGGGGGCUGCUCCGCCAGCCAAGACCGGCCUCGACACAGCAGGAACUCGGAGGUGAACGCGCGGCCCGCCAGCCCCAAACGGUGGCAGAGCAAUAGUUCAACCCAGCGCCACCGAGCCAGAGGAACAGAGGCUGCUGUUCUCUAUGGGAAUAACAGCAGCUGCUCAGAUGAAAGCGACUCUGACUGCCCCGUCAGUCCCCUCCGUCCUGUCCGUCCUAGGCACAGUUUCCCAUCAGCCCCGAGUCAAAAGGAAGCUCCACCAAACAAAGAAACCGGCUCCAUCCCGACUUCAGGCACCACCAGAGAGAACCCUGCACCAUUUGUCCUUGAACGAGAGGAGUACCACAGCGCCAUUCGAGGCUUGGGCAGUUCCAAAACUCUUCUCCAGGGUCUGUCACAGCCACAGUUCUCCAGCACGCCCGCCGUGACGUCCAGCAACAAAUCAGCUCUGGUUCCUGAGGAGGAGUAUCUUGCCGAUGACUGGCUGGAUGAUGAUUUAGGGGACAUGCAGCCGAAGAAGAAGAGGAGGCUUCAAGUCAAGCAGAACGGGAUGAACGGGGAGGACACAGCCAUUUUUUCAGCAGCCAGAAAUCAAAACAGGCACCUAAACUCUAACCCAACCUGCAGAGCCUCUGCAGUUCCCUCCUCCUCCAGCAGGAGUCUCUCUCUGAAAAGGAAUGGCUCUGUGAGGCCUCACCAGGUGAAAAUGACUCAGAUGCCUGGGAUGGUGCGGUUGGGCAGACGAGAGGUCAACAGGCCGCACAGCCCCACCCUCACAGAUGAUGACGACAUGAUACCUGAGACCCCGCCUCCGCACAUACACAUGCAGCCUCCAGCUCAAACACUGGCCGCUCCGAUGCCCACAUCACUGCCUCCACCAAUCAGAAUGAGGGUCAGAGUUCAGGAAGAUGUUUUCCUCAUCCCAGUUCCACAAAGUGAGGCAGACUCCUGCACCGUGUCGUGGCUGUGUGAGCAGGCAGCGCAGCGUUACUACCAGAAAUGUGGCCUCCUGCCUCGUCUCUCUCUGCAGAAGGAGGGCGCUCUUCUCUGCCCGCAGGACCUGCUGCUGGCUGUCCUGCACACCAAUGAAGAGGUUUUGGCUGAAGUGUGCUCCUGGGACCUCCCUCCUCUCCCUGAGCGUUACAAAAAGGCCUGUGACAGCCUGGCAGUGGAUGAGAACAAGCGCAUCACCCGGCUGUGUGAGGUGCAGGAUGGGAGCUCCUCUGUGUCGGUGUGCGGCCUCAGUCUGGCGCCCUCUUCCCUCAACCCGAUGCUCCGCGCCCUCAAACUUCAGGCCAGUCUAACUGAGCUGCGGAUUUCCGGCAACCGUUUCCAUGACAACCUACUCCCUGAUUUGGUUGCCACAACCAUCACCAUGCCUCGGCUUCGGCUGCUGGACAUUUCUGCCAAUAACAUCACAGGCGAAGGACUGGGGAAGGCAGUGAGCGCUUUGAAGGGACAGACUCAUCCGGCCUUUCCUUGUCUGGAGGAGCUCGAUCUCAGUAUGAAUCCUCUGGGGGACGGUGUGUCUGAGUCCUUGUCCUGUCUGCUGUCCUGCUGCCCUCUGUUAGCCAGGCUGUCUCUGCAGGCCUGCGGACUCACUGCUCGUUUCCUGCAGCAGCAUCGCCUGCUGCUGGCCAGCGCUCUGACAGGGAGAGGACACCUGAAGUCAGUGAAUCUCGCCCACAAUGCACUGGGCUCCACUGGGUUUGAGCUGGUGUUGAAGACUCUGCCUCUCCACUGCCUCACACACCUGGACCUGUCUGCCAUCCGCAGGGGUCCUGCUGAUUUCCCGGCACUUGAACAGCUCACCAAAGUCCUGUCACAGGACGACUGUUCACUGACGCACCUGAGUCUGGCAGCCAACGACUUAACGGACAGCGGUGUCAGCACCUUGGCCAGGUGCCUGCCUUCAUGUCCGUCUCUGCUGAGUUUAAACUUGUCGGGAAACUCGUCCGUCACCUCAGCUGGACUUCACAGCAUCCUGAACGCUGUCAGAGAGACUUCUCGACCUCUGACCCUUCUAAACCUUCAAGGUUGUCAGGUGUCGGGUCCCUGGGACAGUUCAGCUCUGGAUGGUUUGUCAGAGCUGGUCAAAGAUCUUCGUCUUUGCUCUCAGGGACUGAACAAGCUGGACAGGCAGGCUCUGAAGCAGAACUGGGACAACAGUCAUUCACACGGGCUCUUUAUUGACCGGAAAGCCAAGUGCCUGCUCUCUGCUGCAGCCUCUUCAUGAAGAGGAAAGAAUUCUGUGUCACACACACUUGAAUCAGAGCCAUGUGAAACUCGUGCUCUUAUUAAUUCACAAAUACACAGCUUUUAUAAUAAGGAUGAUUUUCUUUCUUUUUUAGGUUUUGUUCAGUUAGCAGUGACAGCUGGAGACUUCAUUAAACGAAAUAUCUAGUGACACACCAUCCAUGAACACGUUGUAAAUAACUCUAAUAACUUUCAUUUAUUCUGUACCCUUCAUUUAUGUGUCCCUGUAAAAGUCUUGUGCAUAAAAACUGUUUAUUUUAAGUGUAUUUGGGUUCUGAUGAACCUUUGACCUCAACCCACUGAAUUAUUGUAUGAAAAAAAUUAAAGUGACUCAUGAUGCUUUU